CAGGAAAAUGUCUUUUAUGAUAUUCUAGAACGAAAAAACGCCUUUCUAAGCCAUAAAAACAAGAAGUUCAAAAAGUCGAAAAAUUGACAUUUUUCCAAAGGGGUUAAUCCAUGGUUUUGGUCCAAAAAUGGCCAUUUUUCCAACUUUUUGAUUUUAGGCAAUAUAGCCCAGGAAAAUGUCAUUUAUGAUAUUCUAGAACGAUAAAACGCCUUUCUAGGCUAUAAAAACAAGAAAUCCAAAAAGUCGAAAAAUUGACAUUUCUCCAAAGAGGUUAAUCCAUGGUUUUGGUCCACGAAUGGCCAUUUUUCCAACUUUUCUUUUUAGGCAAUAUAGACCAGGAAAAAGCCUUUUAUGAUAUUCUAGAACGAUAAAACGCCUUUCUAGUCAAUAAAAACAAGAAGUCCAAAAAGUUCAAAAAUUGACAUUUUUCAAAAGGGGUUAACCCAUGGUUUUGGUCCAAAAAUGACUAUUUUUUUAACUUUUUAUUUUAGGCAAUAUAGGCAUGGAAAAUGUCAUUUAUGAUAUUCUAGAACGAAAAAACACCUUUCUAGGCUAUAAAAACAAAAAGUCCAAAAAGUCGCAAAAUUGACAUUUUUCCAAAGGGGUUAACCCAUGCUUUUGGUCCAAAAAUGACCAUUUUUCCAACUUUUUUUUUUAGGUAAUAUAAGCCAGGAAAAUGUCAUUUAUGAUAUUCUAGAACGAUAAAACGCCUUUCUAGGCUAUAAAAAUAAGAAGUCCAAAACGUCGAAAAAUUGACAUAUUUCCAAAGGGGUUAACGCAUGGUUUUGGUCCAAAAAUGGCCAUUCUUUCAACUUUUAUUUUUUAAGCAAUAUAGGCCAGGAAAAUAUCUUUCAUGAUAUUCUAGAACGAUAAAACGCCUUUCUAGGCUAUAAAAACAAAAAGUCCAAAACGUCGAAAAAUUGACAUAUUUCCAAAGGGGUUAACGCAUGGUUUUGGUCCAAAAAUGGCCAUUCUUUCAACUUUUUUUUUUUUAAGCAAUAUAGGCCAGGAAAAUAUCUUUCAUGAUAUUCUAGAACGAUAAAACGCCUUUCUAGGCAAUAAAAACAAGAGGUUUAAAAGUAGAAAAAUUGACAUUUUUCCAAAGGGCUGACCCAUGGCAUGGUCCAAAAAUGACCAUUUUUCCAACUUUUUUUUUUAGGUAAUAUAAGCCAGGAAAAUGUCAUUUAUGAUAUUCUAGAACGAAAAAACGCCUUUCUAGGCUAUAAAAACAAGAAGUCCAAAAAGUAGAAAAAUUGACAUUUUUCCGAAGGGGUUAACGCAUGGUUUUGGUCCAAAAAUGGCCAUUUUUCCAACUUUUUUUUUUUUAAGAAAAUAGGCCAGGAAAAGGUCUUUUAUGAUAUUCUAGUAGGAUAAAACGCCUUUCUAGGCUAUAAAAACAAGAAGUUCAAAAAGUCGACAAAUUGACAUUUUUCCUAGGGGUUAAUCUAUGGUUUUGGUCCAAAAAUGGCCAUUUUUGCAACUUUUUGAUUUUAGACAAUAUAGUCCAGGAAAAUGUCAUUUAUGAUAUUCUAGAACGAUAAAACGCCUUCCUACGCUAUGAAAACAAAAAGUCCAAAAAGUCAAAAAAAUUGACAUUUUUCCAAAGGGGUUAACCCAUGGUUUUGGUCCAAAAAUGGCCAUUUUUCCAACUCUUUUUUUUAGGCAAUAUAGGCCAGGAAAAUGUCUGUUAUGAUAUUUUGGAAGGAUAGAACGCCUUUCUAGGCUAUCAAAACAAGAAGUCCAAAAAGUCAAAAAAAUUGACAUUUUUCCAAAGGGGUUAAUCCAUGGUUUUGGUCCAAAAAUGGCCAUUUUUCCAACUUUUUUUUUUAGGCAAUAUAGGCCAGGAAAAUGUCUGUUAUGAUAUUUUGGAAGGAUAGAACGACUUUCUAGGCUAUCAAAACAAGAAGUCCAAAAAGUCAAAAAAAUUGACAUUUUUCCAAAGGGGUUAAUCCAUGGUUUUGGUCCAAAAAUGGCCAUUUUUCCAACUGUUUUUUUUAGGCAAUAUAGACCAGGAAAAUGUCUGUUAUGAUAUUCUGGAAGGAUAGAACGCCUUUCUAGGCUAUCAAAACAAGAAGUCCAAAAAGUCAAAAAAAUUGACAUUUUUCCAAAGGGGGUAAUCCAUGGUUUUGGUCCAAAAAUGGCCAUUUUUCCAACUUUUUUUUUUAGGCAAUAUAGGCCAGGAAAAUGUCUUUUAUGAUAUUCUAGAACUAUAAAACGCCUUUCUAGGCUAUAAAUAAAAGAAGUCCAAAAGUCGAAAAAUUGACAUUUUUCCAAAGGGGUUAACCCAUGCUUUUGGUCCAAAAAUGGCCAUUUUUCCAAUUUUUUCUUUUAGGCAAUAUAGGCCAGGAAAAUGUCUCUUAUGAUAUUCUAGAACGAUAAAACGCCUUUCUAGGCUAUAAAAACAAGAAGUCCAAAAAACUCGAAAAAUUGACAUUUUUCCGAAGGGGUUAACGCAUGGUUUUGGUCCAAAAAUUGCCAUUUUGCCAACUUUUUUUUUAGGCAAUAUAGGCCAGGAAAAUGUCUUUUAUGAUAUUCUAGAACGAUAAAACGCCUUUCUAGGCUAUAAAAACAAGAAGUUUAAAAAGUCGAAAACUUGUCAUUUCUGGAAAGGGGUUAACCCAUGGUUUUAGUCCAAAAAUUACCAUUUUUCGAACUUUUUUUCUUUAGGCAAUAUAGGCCAGGAAAAUGUCUUUUAUGAUAUUCUAGAACGAUAAAACGCUUUUCUAGGUUACAAAAACAAGAAGUCCAAAGAGUCGAAAAAUUGACAUUUUUCCAAAGGGGUCAACCCAUGGUUUUAGUCCAAAAAUGGCCAUUUUUCCAACUUCUUUUUUUGAGGCAUUAGAGGCCAGGAAAAUUUCUUUGAUGAUAUUCUAGAACGAUAAAACGCCUUUCUAGGUUAUAAAAACAAGAAGUCCAAAAAGUAAAAAAAUUGACAUCUUUUCAUAGGGGUAAACCCAUGGUUUUGGUCCAAAAAUGGCCAUUUCUCCAACUUUUUUUUUUUAGGCAAUAUAGGCCAGGAAAAUGUCUUUUAUGAUAUUCUAGUACGAUAAAACGCUUUCCUAGGCUAUAAAAACAAGAAGUUCAAAAAGUCGAAAAAUUGACAUUUUUCCAAAGGGGUUAACCCAUUGUUUUGGUUAAAAAAUGGCCAUUUUUCCAACUUUAUUUUUAAAGCAAUAUAGGCCAGGAAAAUGUCUUUUACGAUAUUCUGUAGAACGAAGAACGCCUAUCUAGGCUAUAAAAACAAGAAGUUCAAAAAGUCGAAAUAUUGACAUUUUACUAAGGGGGUUAAUCCAUGGUUUUGGUCCAAAAAUGGCCAUUUUUCCAACUUUUUUUUUUGAGGCAUUAGAGGCCAGGAAAAUGUCUUUUAUGAUAUUCUAGUACGAUAAAACGCUUUCCUAGGCUAUAAAAACAAGAAGUUCAAAAAGUCGAAAAAUUGACAUUUUUCCAAAGGGGUUAACCCAUUGUUUUGGUUAAAAAAUGGUCAUUUUUCCAACUUUAUUUUUAAAGCAAUAUAGGCCAGGAAAAUGUCUUUUACGAUAUUCUAGAACGAAGAAGGCGUAUCUAGGCUAUAAAAACAAGAAGUUCAAAAAGUCGAAAUAUUGACAUUUUACUAAGGGGGUUAAUCCAUGGUUUUGGUCCAAAAAUGGUCAUUUUUCAAACUUUUUUUUUAGGCAACAUAGGCUAGGAAAAUGUCUUUUACGAUAUUCUACGACGAAAAAAUGCCUUUCUAGGUUAUAAAAACAAGAAGUUCAAAAAGUCCAAAAAUUGACAUUUUUGCAAAAGAGUUAACGCAUGGUUUUGGUCAAAAAAUGGCCAGUUUUCGAACUUUAUUUUUUAGGAAAUAUAGGCCAGGAAAAGAUUCUUUUACGAUAUUCUAGAACGAAAAAAGGCCUUUCUAGACUGUAAAAACAAGAAGUUCAAAAAGUCCAAAAAUUGACAUUUUUGCAAAAGAGUUAACGCAUGGUUUUGGUCAAAAAAUGGCCAGUUUUCCAACUUUAUUUUUUAGGAAAUAUAGGCGAGGAAAAAAUUCUUUUACGAUAUUCUAGAACGAAAAAAGGCCUUUCUAGACUGUAAAAACAAGAAGUUCAAAAAGUCCAAAAAUUGACAUUUUUGCAAAGGGUUUAACCCAUGGUUUUUAUCCAAAAAUGGUCAUUUUUCCAACCCAUUUUUUUAAAACAAUAUAGGCCAGGAAAAUGUCGUUUACGAUAUUCUAGAACGAUAAAACACCUUUCUAGGCUAUAAAAACAAGAAGUUAAAAAAGUCUAAAAAUUAACAUUUUUCCAAAGGGGUUAACCCAUGGUUUUGGUCCAAAAAUGGCCAUUCUUCCAACUUUUUGUUUAAAGCAAUAUAGGCCAGGAAAAUGUCUUUUACGAUAUUUUAGAACGAAAAAACGCCUUUCCAGGCUAUAAAAAGAAGAAGUUCGAAAAGUCCAAAAAUUGACAUUUUUCCAAAGGGGUUAACCCAUGGUUUUGGUCCAAAAAUGGCCAUUUUUCCAUUCUUUUUUUUUAGGCAAUAUAAGCCAGGAAAAUAUGUGUUAGGAUAUGCUAGAACGAAAAAACUCCUUUCUAAGCUAUAAAAACAAGAAGCCAAAAAAGUCGAAAAAUUGAGAUUUUCUCAAAGGGGUUAACCCAUGGUUUAGGUCCAAAAAUUGCCAUUUUUGUAUCCUUUUUUUUUUAGGCAAUAUAGGCCAGGCAAUGUGUUGUACGAUAUUCUAGAACGAAAAAACGGCUUUCUUGGCUGUAAAAACAAGAAGAUCAAAAAGUCUAAAAAUUGAGAUUUUUCCAAAGGGGUUAACCCAUUGUUUUGGUUUAGAGAUGGCCAUUUUUCCAUGUUUUUCUUUUCCGCAAUACAAGCUAGGAAAAUGUGUUUUACGAUAUUCUAGAACGAAAAAACGCCUUCCUUGGCAAAAAAACAAGAAGUUUAAAAAGUCGAAAAUCUGAGAUUUUUUCAAAGGGUUUAACCCGUAGUUUAGAUCUAAAAAUGGCCAUUUUUCCAUCCUUUUUUUAGGCAAUAUAGGCUAGGAAAAUGUGUUUUGCGAUAUUCUAGAAUAAACAAACGCCUUUCGAGACAUUAAAACAAGAUGUUCAAAAAAUCGAAAAAUUGAGAUUUUUUCAAGGUGUUUAACCCAUUUUUUUGGUGCAGAAAUGGCCAUUUUAUCCAUGUUUGUUUUUUAGCAAUAGAGGCCAGGAAAAUGUCUUAUACGAUAUUCUAGAACGCAAAAACGCCUUUUUAGGG